AUGCAACGUACAGCGCUGAAUCAAGAUCAAGUCACUGGCAGCGAUACAAAUGAUCCCAUGGCCGAUGGAAGUGACGGGGACGGAGAACCGGAUGUCGAGUUCAAGAUUGAGUUAUUCCCGAUCUCUUACCAAACUGGGUCUGCCAAAGACGAAUUGUGGGCUGUGUGGAGUUUGUUCUGGGAAGACAGCGAGUCCGACAAUGCCAGGUCUUACACCAUGGAAUCCCUACGAACUCGCUUCCCCAAUUUCGCACCCGACGGCUUGCGUCUGAUUAUCAAUAUGCUGAAGGAGCGAAGUUUAAUUGGUGAAGUUCUUCAAGGCGGGGCCUUUGCCUACCAUUUAGCUUGACGGCACAAGCACAAUGCAUAGUAAAUUCG